UAUUUAAAAGCGAUCCGAAUCACGCGUAUUUCAUUUGGGCUUAGGUGCAAAGCGAGCCAAGAAUGAAGAUGAAGAUGCUCCCUCUUCUACUCUUUUUGUCUGCACUGCCUGCUCAUAUGGCAAAGACUUCUAAUAAUUCUGAUGAACAAGCUCUGAUUGGUUUCAAGGCUGCUCUCUCUGUUGAUCCAUAUAAUUCUUUGUCCGAUUGGUCUCCCAACCACAACUUUUGCAAUUGGACUGGUGUUACAUGCUCUUCUCGUCGACAGCGUGUGGUUUCCUUGAAUCUCACAGGUAAGGGAUUACUUGGACAUAUCUCUCCAUUACUGGGAAACCUUUCCUUUCUUAGAACAGUUGAUCUUUCUAAUAACAGCUUCCAGGGCCAUAUUCCAUAUCAGAUCGGAAGGCUUUUUCGCCUGAGAAGGCUUCUUCUAUCUACCAAUAAAUUAGAAUCCUCUAUACCGUCUUCUCUUGCAGGCUGUCGAUCGUUGCAAUAUCUAAGUUUCUUAUAUAACAAUCUGAGCGGACCCAUUCCCUCUGAGCUUGGCCUUCUUCCACGUUUAGAGACCAUUUGGUUAGAUUAUAACAACCUGACAGGCACAAUCCCAUUAUCCCUUGGUAACCUGUCCUCAUUAACUGAGUUGAGAUUGAGAUACAAUAGUCUCUAUGGAGGUAUUCCCGGGGAAUUGGGAUUGCUCGGUAAACUUAGAGCUCUUGAUCUCGAGUUCAAUUACUUGACAGGAUCAAUUCCCACUGCCCUUUCUAAUUGCACUCUUCUAGAAAGUGUCGGACUAGCUGAUAACCUCUUAACUGGCCACAUUCCCUGGGAGUUUGGCACCCUAUCAGAGUUGCAAGGAUUGCAUCUAUUUAUAAACCAAUUCACUGGAGAAAUUCCUGGUUCUCUCUCUAAUUGUACGCUUCUUCAAAUUCUUGAUUUAGCGUUCAAUAAUCUGACCGGUACGGUACCCUUAGAAUUUGGCAGAUUGCUUCAGCUUCGAUGGCUUAAUUUGUGGAGUAAUCAACUUGUGAGUGGAAGCAGUGGUUUGUUAUUUGUAACAGUAUUGAGCAAUUGCUCCAUCUUGUACCAUAUAGAUUUGUCUGAAAACUAUUUCACUGGCAUUUUGCCCUCUUCAGUUGGCCUCCUUCCAAGUGGUCUCUCAUAUUUUCUUUUGCCCUUCAAUGAAAUCGAGGGAAGCAUACCAGAUGAGAUUGGCAACCUGACAGAAAUAGCAGCUCUAGAUUUUGGUGCCAACCAUUUCAGUGGCACCAUCCCAACUUCAUUGAGUGCACUUCCCAAUCUUGAAAGAUUGAGAUUAGACAACAAUAAUUUACAUGGAGUAAUUCCAGAGAGUUUUGGUCAGGCAAAAAGGCUGGGGCUGUUGUCAAUAUGCUGUAACAUGUUAUCAGGGAAAAUUCCAGACACUCUGGGUAGCCUUCCCCAACUAAGAAAGAUUGAUCUUCAUGGCAAUCAUUUGUCAGGAGAAAUACCUGCCAGUAUAGGAAGAUGCCAAACUCUGGAGCUGGUGGAUUUUUCUUACAACAAAUUUACAGGCAAGAUACCUUCAGAAGUUGCUGGUCUGCAAAAUCUCCAAUUCUAUUUCAAUGUGUCCAACAAUUUGCUACAAGGUUCUCUCCUAGAAAUGAGUAAAAUGGUAAUGGUCCUGGCUAUAGAUGUAUCUGUUAAUCAUUUUUCAGGUGUCAUUCCAAUCGCACUGGAAAGCUGCAAAGCAUUGGAAUAUCUUAAUCUGUCUUGGAAUGCAUUCACAGGCCCAAUUCCGACAUCACUAGCAGAACUGAACAAUCUUCAAGGCUUGGAUCUUUCCGGCAACAAUUUGAAUGGAACGAUACCAGCGGCUUUCAAAGAUAUGAAAAUGCUCCAGUAUCUCAAUCUCUCUUCAAACAGGUUGAUUGGAGAGGUCCCAAGGGGAGGAAUAUUCACAGACAUGGAUGUUUCAGCUGUUAUGGGAAAUCUUGGCCUUUGUGGAACAUGGAUAAACUUGCCUCCAUGCUCUCAUUCCAAACACAAACAGCCAUCUGUCUCCAAAAAGGUAAUAAUUCCUGUUGUAAUUGGCAUUGCAAUUUUGAUCAUGUCUCUUCUAUUGGCAGCAUUUUCGUAUAGAUGCAGACAUUCCAGUACCCCUGCUCUGAAAGUAUGGCCUCAAAAAAUUUCAUAUAAAGAACUUGUAGAUGCAACUGGUGGAUUUAGUGAGGCAAACCUAUUGGGAAUUGGUCAUUUCGGAUCAGUUUAUAAAGGGAUUCUAAGCAGUGGAAGACAUGUUGCUGUUAAAGUUCUGAAUUUCCAAGAUCAAAAUGCGCACCAAAGUUUUCUCAAAGAAUGCAAUGUAUUAAAAAAAGCAAGGCAUCGCAAUGUGAUUAAAAUUAUUUCAUCUUGUUCUAAUCUUGAUUUUAAAGCUUUGGUUCUUCCAUUUAUGUCAAAUGGAAGUUUGGAGAGAUGGCUGUACCCUGAAGGAGGAGCUAUAUGUAAUUUAAAUUUCAGUGACCGAUUAAGAAUAGCAUUGGAGAUAGCACAAGGUCUAGCAUAUUUGCAUCAUCACUGUUUUGUACAAGUGAUCCAUUGUGACCUAAAACCUAGUAAUGUGCUGUUAUGGGAUGACAUGACUCCAAAGAUUGCAGAUUUUGGCAUUGCCAAACUACUCUUUGGGAAUUCCAUGGAUUCAUUGACUUCUACAAGUGCACUCCAGGGAUCUAUUGGUUACAUUGCUCCAGAGUACGGAAUGGGUGGUAAUAUUUCUACAAAAGGAGAUGUGUACAGUUAUGGCAUUUUACUCUUGGAGAUGUUAACUAGGAGGAGACCAACAGAUGAUAUGUUUGUAAGAGUGAAUCUUACAAAAUGGGUAGCUGUGAAUUUUCCAAAUAAAGUUUUAGAGGUGGUGGAUAUUAGCUCUCUUGGAGAUACUAAUGAAUUAGAAACAUCAUUACUAUUAUCAUGCCUCACUCAAAUUUUUGAAGUUGGUUUGGUCUGUACAAGGGAAUUGCCUCAACAUCGACCUAAUAUGAUUGAAAUAGUUGAGAGAUUAGAUAAGAUUAGAGGUAUGUUUCUUGGUAUUCCUAGAGCUUUUCAAUUGGCAAUAGAUAUGUCCUCCUUGCUUGAAAAUAAAAGAAACCAAGGAAAUACCAAUUUUGAUAGCAAUGGAAGUUAUACAUCUACAUCCUAAUUGUGUAAUUUAACAAUUAAAAAUAUUUUCUACAAAUAAUUACUUCUACCGAUACUAAACAUGAUGUAAA